AUGAAGAGUAUCACUAUUGCUCUGAAAGUUCUGAAUGUUAUCAUCAGUGUUACUGAAAAAGCUAAAAUUAAGAUUGAGAAGACUAAGUUGAAUAUUGAAAGAGUGAAAUUAGAAAUUGAAAAGAAAAAAGUUGCUGCAGAAAAGAAGAAAAUCAUGAUUAAAAAGACAAAACUUGACAUUGAAACUAUCAAGCUUGAAGUACAUCACAAGCUUUUGAGAAUGAUAAUGUAUGAAAUAAUGAAGCAUGUUCAGAGACUUACAGAUUAUCUUGAUAAGAAUUCAGUUACAGUCAGUGACAGUAGCAGCAGUGAUAAGAAAUUUAAUAACAGUAAUAAUUCUCUUCUCAUUUCUCUCACUGAUAUCUCUGCUACUGCUGUUAAUUCUCUUCUCUCUUUCUUCUUCAAUCUUUCAACUUCAGUUGAUUCUCUGACUAUGAGCAGCACUGAAACUCUCAACAUUCUUGAUAAAAAAUUCGGCGACGGUGUCGGCGACUGGCACGGCGGAACAACCAUAACCCGGUCGUAUAAUAAGCCUACGUUUUUCCGGUAUGGAACGAACUACUAG